CAAAGAGACAUAGAGACAUGAUUGAUGCUCUCAACUCCACGAUUGUCUAUCAAGUGUUGCAGCUCCUUCUUCUUCUGUUGCAAGCGAUGAUUAGCAAUGCCACUUCGAGUAAUCCGCGAUGUGUCGUCUCAUCUUGCGGUGACAUUCGCAAUAUCAGCUACCCAUUUCGAUUGAAGAGUGACCCGAAGGAAUGCGGUGACUGGGAGCAUGAGUUGGUCUGUGAAGAGAAUCGCACUGUUAUGUACUUAGAGGAUGACCGAUUCUAUGUGCAGCACAUCGAUUAUUCCACCAACAAAAUUAGAUUGGUUGACGAUGGGCUGCAAAAGGAUAACUGCUCGUCUCUCCCUAGUCAUUCAUUGUUGGGGCAUGAGUACUAUUACAAUCGAAGGAAUCCAUACUUCAUGAGCAACUUAGAUUCAUUGGUCAUUGUGAACUGCUCAAAACCGGUUAGUUCUCCAUCCUACAUCACCACGAGUCCAUGCAUUGACGGGUCAUAUUCUUCCAACACAUCAUCGUAUUGGAACUUGUAUGCUUUGGUCCAUCCAAAAGCAUCGGAUGUUAGGGACUUUUGCACCAUUCACGGAUGGGCGUGGGUAUCAUAUGAUUUUGGAGAUGAAGAGCAGAUUAAUAGUAGCUCCUGCAACUACAAGCUAAUUCAUAACAUCAUGGCCGAUGGAUUCGAUCGCAACUUUUAUGUAUUUUCAGGGAAGAAUACUUUCUUGUGCUUCUUUGAUUUCGGUAGCGUCUACUAUGGUCGUACCGGAUGCAGAUCCUUUCCUGGCAACGGUAAGCAACGGUUGGCAAUGAAAUUUUACCGCAAUUCAGCAUGA